AAUUGCCACAAUUAAUAAAAAGAGUCAGUCACCUCCCUUAAACCUGCACAAUGAUUUUACUUGUUGAAAUAAUCUCUCAGUAUAUGUUGUACUGCAGAUUAAGAACAACUUUGCAUCUUCCUUCCUAAUACUAGCGAGUUGGCGUUGACAGACACAGAGAGAGGGUGAGGUAUAUCACCAAGCAUCUUGCUGUUUUAUUCAGUUCCUGAUUUUUAAAGCUAUCUGUCAGACUGGUGACAAAGCAAAGGAUUACUUACGGUGUAACAUAGCAACAGGAGAGAAAUAUGAAAAAGCUACAAGUGAAGCAUCUUCAAGAGUCUACAACUCCUGUCUUGCUGCUGAGUCCCAGUGACCAAAUAGACGAAGGUUUUGAGUUGGAAUAUCCAGUGGAUCGAGGCAACUGGACAGGAAAGCUAGACUUUUUACUUUCGUGCAUUGGUUACUGUGUAGGACUUGGAAAUGUCUGGAGGUUCCCAUACAGGGCCUACACAAAUGGAGGAGGUGCCUUUCUUGUUCCAUACUUUAUCAUGCUUGGCAUCUGUGGGAUUCCUAUUUUCUUUCUGGAGCUUUCGCUGGGACAGUUUUCUAGCCUUGGACCACUUGCUGUUUGGAAGAUCAGUCCAUUUUUCAAAGGAGUUGGGGCAGGAAUGAUUAUCAUCGUUUCGCUGGUAGCAAUUUAUUACAAUGUAAUAAUUGCAUAUGUCCUGUUCUACUUAUUUGCUUCUUUGACAAGUGACUUACCAUGGCAACACUGUGGGAACUGGUGGAAUACAGACCUCUGCCUUGACCAUCAUGUAAUUAAAGGAAAAAAUGCCACUAUGCAGAAACAUAUUUCCUUUAAUACCACUGUGAGUCCUACUGAGGAAUACUGGAGUCGUUAUGUACUUCACAUCCAAGGAAGCUCAGGAAUUGGUGAUCCAGGCAGUAUCCGAUGGAACCUGUGCCUUUGUCUUCUUCUGGCCUGGAUCAUUGUGUAUCUCUGCAUUCUGAAAGGAGUCAAAUCAUCUGGCAAGGUGGUAUACUUUACUGCAACAUUCCCAUAUAUUAUCCUGGUCAUGUUACUAAUACGUGGAGUGACUCUGGAAGGAGCCUGGAAGGGGAUCAAGUUCUACCUUACACCCGAAUUCAAACAUCUAUUAACAUCUAAGGUAUGGAUUGAAGCUGCAUUGCAGAUUUUUUAUUCACUAGGAGUGGGUUUUGGUGGCCUGCUGACAUUUGCAUCAUACAAUACUUUCCAUCAAAACAUUUACAGAGAUACAUUUAUCGUAACCUUGGGAAAUGCAUUAACCAGCAUCCUAGCUGGAUUUGCAAUUUUCUCUGUACUAGGAUACAUGUCACAUGAAUUGGAUGUACCAGUUGACCAAGUGGCCAAAGCAGGUCCUGGCCUGGCCUUCGUAGUUUAUCCUCAAGCAAUGACAAUGCUGCCUCUUGCUCCAUUUUGGUCUUUCCUCUUCUUCUUCAUGCUCCUAACCUUGGGCCUUGACAGUCAGUUUGCCUUUCUGGAGACCAUAGUCACGGCAAUUUCAGAUGAAUUUCCAUACUACCUUAGACCAAAGAAAGCCUUCUUUUCUGCAUGUCUCUGCAUAUCUAUGUUCCUUAUGGGACUCAUAAUGACAACUGAGGGAGGAAUGUACUGGCUUGUUCUGUUUGACGAUUACAGUGCAGGCUUUGGUCUGAUGAUUGUUGUCAUUUGCUCGUGUAUAACAGUAUCACACAUCUAUGGUGUGAAAAGAUUUUGUCGCGAUAUUAAAAUGAUGCUUGGUUUUGAACCAGGGAUGUAUUUCAAGAUGUGUUGGAUAUUCCUAUCCCCUGCAGCCAUGAUGGCCUUGUUGGCGUACAGCAUUAUAAGAUAUGAACCAUCAGAAUAUGGAAGUUAUAAAUAUCCAGCCUGGUCAGAAAAUCUAGGCAUUCUAAUGGGGCUUGUAUCCUGUGCAACCAUUCCUGCUGGUAUGGUCAUUGCUGUAUGUAAAGAAGAGGGAACAUUGCUUCAGAGACUUAAGCAAGCCAUUAGGCCAACCUUAGACUGGGGUCCAGCUCUGGAAGAAAACAGAACAGGCAUCUAUGUGAACACUCUGCCAGGUAGCCAGUCACCAAAGCCUCUUAUUGUCCACAUGAAGAACUAUGGUGGCAUCACAAGCUAUGAAAAUGCGGCACUUGAUGUGGACCGAGAGCUAGAAAUGGAAGAAGAAGUGAUGAUGUAAUCAGUGCCAGUAAAUGUGGCAUUAGGAUGGGGGUACAGAAUAUGCUCUUCCAUGACUGAUAGUAAACUUCAAGCUAUAAUAUUGCAAACCAGCAGCAGUGGAGAUUUCAUAGCUGGAGUUAUAAAUGUUUUCGUACUAUAUGAUCUUUGAUAUGCUCCUUACAUGAAUCAAGUCAUGAUGCAUGUGUGGGUGUCAGUAUGUGUGUGCGUGUGUCUCUGUCUGCCUUCAGUCUCUCUCUACUUACAUGCACACACACACACACACACA